GCAGGCAGGGAACAAGGUCGUGGGAAAAAGGACUUGGUGUGGUAUCGCCAUUUCUUCUGCUUCCGGCUUUUGCGCCUUUCGCAGAGCUUCCGACAGCAGAAUGUUGGGACAGAGCAUUCGGAGGUUCACGACCUCUGUGGUCCGUAGGAGCCACUAUGAGGAGGGUCCAGGGAAGAAUUUGCCAUUUUCGGUGGAAAACAAGUGGCGAUUACUAGCGAUGAUGACUUUGUUCUUUGGAUCUGGAUUUGCAGCACCUUUCUUUAUAGUAAGACACCAGCUGCUUAAAAAAUGAGGAUGUUUUAGUUAAUCCAUGAAACAGAUAUGAAGAGGAGCAUUUUAAGAGGUGUAGUCUCUGAAAAAUGGAUCCAACUGUUGAACUCAGCAACUGGAUGUGUUUGUAAAUAAACGUAUGGCAUGAAUUCUUAAUGCCUCUUCUCUGAAGUAUGAAAUGUGA